UUCCCGUAUGUACCCUGGUACACAACAGUGGCAAGAUGUCUGAACGGCGAGUACCCAGUGGAGGAACCUUGCACACACAACACACUGCGACAAAGAGCCAACAGCAGCGCCGUGGGGUUUAAUGCCAGUUUUGAAAGCAAGGGGCUGCGUUAGGAUUUCUCAGAAACGCCUGCCGCGAAUGGGUGGAUAAAAGACACUUGUCCUGGACUUGAUCCGAAGUAUCUGACCAAGGACCGUGUGGUGAGAGGGGCUUACACUCAGACGGGAGUCGAGCGGGCUACUUCUCCCUGUGGGAUGUUAUCCGUACUGUCUUAUGGCAGACUGGUUGCCAGGGCUGUCCUUGGUGGACUCUCGCAGACGGACGGUCGGGACUACAGCCUGGUCACCGCCAGUUAUGGCUUCGGCAAGGACUUUCGUAAGGGGAUACUCAAAAAAGGGAUGUGCUACGGAGACGACGCCUGCUUCAUUGCUCGGAACAAGAGCGCAGAUGUUUUGGGUGUAGCAGAUGGUGUCGGGGGCUGGCGGGACUACGGUGUCGACCCGUCUCAAUUCUCUGCCACACUGAUGAGAACAUGCGAACGGCUGGUAAAGGAGGGACGCUUUACUCCCAGCAAUCCAGUGGGCAUCCUCACCUCUGGCUACUAUGAGCUCCUACAGAACAAAGUACCCCUUCUCGGGAGCAGCACCGCCUGCAUUGUCGUCCUAGACCGACGGAGUCACCGGCUCCACACGUGUAACCUCGGCGACUCGGGCUUCCUGGUGGUGCGGGGUGGGGAGGUGGUGCACCGCUCGGACGAGCAGCAGCACUACUUCAACACGCCCUUCCAGCUGUCCAUCGCCCCACCAGGGUCUGAGGGGGUGGUGCUCAGUGAUAGUCCAGACGCAGCUGACAGCUCCUCUUUUGACGUGCAGCUCGGUGACAUCAUCCUGACGGCCACGGACGGCCUCUUUGACAACAUGCCUGACUAUAUGAUCCUUCAGGAGCUUAAAAAGCUCAAGGCCACAAACUAUGACAGCAUUCUGCAGACCGCACAGAGUAUAGCAAAGCAAGCGCACGACCUCGCCUACGAUCCCAACUACAUGUCCCCUUUUGCACAGUUUGCAUGCGACAACGGCCUGAAUGUACGAGGAGGGAAGCCAGACGAUAUCACUGUGCUGCUGUCCAUUGUGGCUGAAUACACUGACUAGUGUGUGUGUGUGUGUCUGUGUGUGUGUGUGUGUGUGUGUGUGUGUGUGUGACUCCACCCUCCCUCCACCUGUGACCCUCCAAAAUGAGGGUCGGUCUUGACGUCCACUCAUGUACAUAUUAUACUGGGUUUCUUCCUCUGUUGCGUUUUGGUGGUGAGCGUUUAAAAGGGAAGUGUGCAGCAUGUAUUCAUGUUGAUUGUGACAUAGAAGGGAGCUGAGAAUCCAAUUGGUUGUUGUUUGUGUCAGAGCCUUUCAAAUCAGUGUACAAAAGGGGUCUAAUGAGGAGUAGUAAACCAUGGAAGCUGAUGUCAAGGACAAUGGGAUGUUUGGGAAUGGGAAUGUUGUAAGCGUUAACUUAUACCUAGCCUGUCGCUAACUAGCUUAGCCCUCGGCGGAAACUGAAGAGAAACCACAAGAUGCAAAGGUUUUCUGACUUGUAAAUAGGGUUUUAUUUUUUUUGUUGUCUUUACUUUUUGUUAAAGCAAAGACUCUUGAGGAAGAUGCAUUGAUGGAUGAUUUAUCCCACACUUCUACUUCACACUGAAAUCAGCAUUUGCUGAGGAAAGAGUGGCUGUGUCUCAGUUUGUGCACUUAUGCACUCAAAAUGUAAAGUGUACGUAUGGAAGUGUGCAAAUUCAGAUGCAGCCUGUGUGUGUGUAUGUGCGUGUGCGCGCGCGCACGUGCGUGUGUGUGUGUGUGAGUAUGAGUGAUGUUUGAUGUCCACAUAGCUAACCCUAGCAUCUGGUCAUGCUUACGAUUGUGCCGAUAUGUAGGUCAGGUGUGAAUUUAAAGAGAUGUCUAUUUUUUUACAAUGUUACGUGGUUUUAAUGGUUAAGUGCUGUAUUUCUUAUUAUAGUGGCUGUUUACUCAACUGCAGAGAGUACCUGGCAUCACUAACAAUGUGACAUUUAUUAGUGGGCAGGGCUUUUAUUUUCCCUUUUUUUCUGCAAAUAAAUACAUACAAAAUUAGAUUUAACCAUUAUAAUAUGUUUUAUAGUUGUAUAGCUGUGGUAUUUGGGACAAAAAAACAUCAGGUGUGUAUUUGUUCCAAUUUAGGGUUAUCCAAAAGUGCGCCCCGAGGGCCAUUUUCGACCCGCAGAUUGUGUUUCAUUGACCCGCUGCAUCUUCUGAAAAUGUAUAAUUAAUUAAUUAUAAAGAUUAAUUAUUAGAUAUUACACUAAUAACUAUUGGCUUUGUCACCCAUAACAUAAAAACUAAGAUGUUAAUAAAGGACAUUAGAACAAGACACCAACCUGUAUGACACACCCAUCAAUUAAUUGAGGUGCGGCAUCUAUUAGAGUCCAAGCCACUAUUUUAGGAAAUGCACUAGUAUAAUUAGCUCUAGCAACAAUUAGAUAGGUUUGUCUAUUUUAUUUUUUUAUUUGUGUCCUGCUUGUUUCCCAUUUUGCUGCUUUUCUCUUCUUGUGUAAUGUCAUCAUGGUGUGAUUUACACCAAUAUGUUCACCAUGAUUGUAAAUGUGUGCCGGCAUUUAAUCCUAAAUGAAUCCACAAGGACGUCUGUUCUACUGUUCUGCUCACUGCAGGCUGUUACGGUUUCAAAGCAGGCGCACCAAAGACGCAUUUUGUCAAGACGCCUUGUUGACGUAAAUAAACACCGUGAAGCAGCAAUACUGUACAUUUCCUGUGCUGAGGAAGGUUUUGUCUGUUUUCUUUUAAGUUGUAUCUUUAAGCCAAAGAAGGAAAGCCAUAUAGAAUGCAUGUUAGGACCCCUGCUGUAAAUUAACAUUGUGUUGGUGGAGACCAAUAUUGUCACUGUUGUAUGUGUAUACUAGGAACUACACUCAACAAAAAUAUAAACACAAACACUUCGUUUUGCUCCCAUUUUUCAUGAGCUGAAUUCAAAGAUCAAUUAUUUUUUCUAUGUACACAAAAGGCCUAUCUCAAAUGUUCACAAAUCUGUGUUCGUGAGCACUUCUCCAUUGGCGAGUUUGAUAAUCCACCUCGUGUGGCAUAUCAACAUGACAAGACAGCAUCACUAAUGCACGUGUGUUCAUGGGUUUAUUUUAGUUCAUCUCAUGAAAAUUGGGAGCAAAAACAAAUGUGGUUUUAUUUUUGCGGAGUGUAUGUAGAAAGUUUUCCUGAUUCAAAAUAGUUUUUUCUACAUUUGUCGGUGCUGUUCUCCUGGCAUGGUUUGUCUGUGUACCAUUAAAUAUUUUUUUUUGGAAAUGUAUAAAUAUAGGAGUUGUGUGUGUGACUGAAGGGGAGCACAGUUUCAGCCUUAAAACACUUUGCUAGACUUGUCAUAAGAGGCCUUCCCCUGUCAUUGCAAGCUUGUCUUUGUCCUUCAUGUUGUCAGGUGUUGAAUAAAUGAAGUCUGCAACCCCACCCCCCAGAAAGCAAACCCCUGUCCUUCAGAGCAAAGGUGCUUCUGCCAUCUUUAUGGUAUGAUUGUCCUUUUUUCAAUGUUUGUCUGAAUUAUACACCUGUCUUUGUGUAACAAUGCAGGUCUCAUUUAUGUAAAUGUUUUCAAAAAAUGUCUGAUAUUUAAAUGAAAAUAUAUAGUAUUUAU